CAGUAGCAUUUAAAGAAAGCACGAAUUUCAUGAAAUAGACCCAGCCUAAAGACUCUGGUCCUCCGAGACGUAUUCAGAUGCAUGAAACCAAGUGACACGUCUCCAGCACUUGUUCGUUGAGCACCGCUUACGCACCCAAACACGUUGGUGGUGUGGGAGGGCAGUGCGCGCGCGCGCGAGACGUGGAGCGGACGCGCCAUGCGAGACAGUGCCUCCGGCCAGUGACAGUUGCAGUGACCAUGACAGUGGCGCGCCUCAGUGUGGCCAUGCUGGCCCUAGCGCUCCUGGCGCCCCACGCCGCAGCGCAGGAGUCCUUCAUGAGCUCCCUACUCACCGGUCUAUUGGAGUCGCUGGACACGCAGAUGGAUGUGAAGAACUGUCCCGGCACGUGCAUGCACGUGUUCGCCUCGAAGCUGUGUAACGAGGUGCUAGAGGAGGUGGAGUGCCCCAGCCCCAACAUGAAGUGCUGCGCGGAAGAGACUGCGGAUAACGAGACCCUGAUCACGACCCCCCGGCCGCGGCCGACGCGCGUCACGACAGUCUCGGACUACGACUACGAGGACCCCACGACGCUGCCGCCGCAAGACCAGUACAAAAACAGUGGUAACAUAGCGUGUCCGGGAGUAUGUGUAGAAGCGCGCCUCUCGCAGUACUGCGAGGCGUACCUCAACUCGCCGGACCUGUGUGUGAAGGGCCGCCUGUGCUGUGUCUCGAGAGACGUGUACGGAGACCGCCCGCCUCCAGACCUGGUCGUGCCGAAUGAAAAGAAGUACUCCACGAAGAGGCCUCCUACUACGCUGACUACAACUCCAGCGCCUCCGCCGAAGCGUCGUCCCGGUCACAAGUGCCGAGGGGAGUGCACUAACGGUAUCCUGGCGCUCUUCUGCGACAACCAGGACAAGGACGCCUUCUGUCCCAACGACGGGACCUGCUGCGCCACUGAGAAGAUGUACGAACCCACUACCACGCCCAGACCCACCACACCGGCCCCGCUACCGCGGUGCCCCGGGUACUGCAUGCCCACGUUCCUGAAGCCGGUGUGUCCCCCCGGCGUCAUCAUCCACCGCACCACCUGCAACAGCGAGGGGCUCGCGUGCUGUGAUAACACUAGGAUACCACCCCGCACGACCCGGCGGCCGACCACCACGACCACCACCACCACCACCACGCCGGCGCCACCAGACCCGCGCCCCGACUGCCCCGGCUCCUGCAUCGUGUCUCUGCUCUCCUUCACUUGUUUCCGUAACGCGGAAAUGACGGACGUUUUCAAAUGCAAGAAGGCGGGCACCCAGUGCUGCGCGCCCAAGUCCAAGGUGCUGGAGGUGGUGGGCGGCAAGGCGGGCAACGACACCGCGCCGCUGCCGCUGCCGCAGCCCGCCUCCAGCUACCAGCACUACACCACCGCGCUGGCCUACACGCACACCACGCCUGUCGCGCCCUACGAGCCGAGCUAUGGAACGACAUUAUCAUCGACAGAGAAAUACAACAAAUACGUGUGCGGAGUCAAAGGCACCUCGGGCCAGUCGUCCCGGCGCCUGGGCCGCGUGAUGGGCGGCGAGGACGGCGAGCGCGGCGAGUGGUGCUGGCAGGUGGCGCUCAUCAACUCGCUCAACCAGUACCUGUGCGGGGCCGCGCUCAUCGGGACGCAGUGGGUGCUCACCGCCGCGCACUGUGUCACUAAUAUCGUUCGGUCUGGUGACGCUAUCUACGUGCGUGUCGGAGACCACGACCUAACGCGCAAGUACGGCUCGCCCGGAGCGCAGACACUGCGCGUGGCCACCACCUACAUACACCACAACCACAACAGCCAGACCCUGGACAACGAUAUAGCGCUGCUCAAGCUGCAUGGAAAGGCAGAGCUCAAAGAAGGCGUCUGCUUGGUGUGUCUGCCGGCGCGAGGAGUGAGCCACGCGGCUGGCAAGAGGUGCACCGUCACCGGCUACGGAUAUAUGGGAGAAACGGGUCCGAUCCCCCUGCGCGUGCGCGAGGCAGAGCUGCCAAUCGUGAGUGACGCGGAGUGCAUUCGCAAGGUCAACGCGGUCACGGAGAAGAUCUUCAUCCUGCCCGCCAGCUCCUUCUGCGCGGGCGGGGAGCCCGGGAACGAUGCCUGCCAAGGCGACGGCGGUGGUCCCCUAGUCUGCCAGGACGAUGGCUUCUACGAGCUGGUGGGGCUGGUGUCGUGGGGCUUCGGCUGCGGGCGACAGGAUGUGCCCGGCGUCUACGUCAAGGUCUCCUCCUUCAUCGGCUGGAUCAACCAAAUUAUCUCCGUCAAUAAUCUAUAGUACACCGAACAAUAUAGGGUUUCAUAAUAAGGCUGGAUUCCAUAGCGGUUUUAGAUUGUGUGCUACUUAUAACAGAUUUUAUAAUACACUACGGAGCAAAACUAUCGAAUUGAUUAAUAGAAUUUGUAUUAGAAACUUAAGUUUUUGCUUGAAAACAAGCCGUAGUUAAACAAUUAGGACACAACUAUGAAAAAAAAAUCAUAAAAAAGGUUCAUCUUCUUUUAGAGAUACCUACGUUUGUCAACGCUAUGUAAUAUGAACAAAAAGCU